UCGGGAGACAUUCAAGGCGAGUUCAGCCAAGCAGUGUUACCUUACGUAAGAAGGAAGCCCUGUAGAAAAGCCACCACCAACUUGGUGUUUGCUAACUCUGGAAGACACAGGGGAGUCUGGUUAGGAAAUCAUGGCUUGUUUUGACAACCAAAAUCAAGGAGGGGGCUCAUCCUUGGAGGAUUCAAUGGCAAGAAUAAAGUUAUUAAAUGAAGGUAGUACACUGAUCACUGAAGGUCCCCCAGAGAGGCGUCUCCUCAAUACAAGUAAACAGGAAAUAGACGAGCAAGGAAAUAUUAGAAGAUGGACGUUUGGAGUAAAGAAUCCACGAAAAAUGAUGAAAACAAUAGUUCUGUUGGGAGAGACGGGAAUAGGGAAGAGCACCCUCAUCAAUGCGAUGACAAACUACAUCCUGGGAACAGAAUGGAGUGACAAGAUCCGCUAUGAGAUCGUCAAGGAGAAAGUGAGGGACCAGACUGAAUCUCAGACUUCAGAAGUGAAUGUUUACGAGAUCUUUGGGUAUGAAGAUAUCCGAGUGCCAUUCUCCCUCAGAAUCAUUGAUACUCCUGGUUAUGGUGACAUAAAUGGAGAGAGUAAAGCCAAGAAAAUUGCAGAAACUCUGUGUUAUUUGAUCCAGUGUGAAGACGGAGUUCACCAGCUUGAUGCAGUCUGCUUAGUUGUGAAGGCAUCACAGUACCGCCUUACCCCACACCAACGCUGUAUUUUCGAUGCUGUUCUCUCUUUAUUUGGGAAAGACAUAAAGAAGAAUAUAAUUCCGGUCAUCACAUUCUCAGGGGGGGGCAAACCUGCUGCCCUUGCAGCUAUUGAUAAAUUUGGUUUCUCAUGGUGUAGAGAUGAAAAGGAUAAUCUAGUUCACUUUCGAUUUGAUAACACUCCUGAGGAAGAGGAUGACGUGGACACCUCACCCGACUAUUUGGAAAAUGCCUGGGACAAAAGGAAGAAGACCAUGGGAGAUUUUUUCAAGUACCUGAACGCUCUGGAAACAAGAAGCUUGGUGAUGACGCAUAAAGUUCUGUUGGAACAUGAGAAGCUGGAGCGCUGCGUGAAGAGUCUUCAGGAUCAGAUUGUAAAGGCUGAACAUAAGCAGAAUGAGAUCAGGCAAACCCAGGAGGCCUUGGAGAAGAACAAAGAGGAAAUACAGGAAAAGAAAAACUUUGAAUAUGUUGUGAAACAAAGUUUUGCAGACAAAGUUGAAUCAGAUAGCUAUGCAACUUCCCCCUAUGUCACAGUCACGUACAUGGAUAGUGAGGGCACCAUAACACACACUGACCCCUGA